AUGUCUCCCACACUGUCACACAAGGACAGCAGCCGGCAGCGGCGGCUCGGGCCCAUGAACCACUGCUUGGACAUGAAGAGCGGGUCGCUGCCGCCGGGUACCUGGGAAGCCGAGCAGCUUGCCGACGGCGUUGGGGGUGAGGGGGACAACGAGGCCCUGCUGCUCGCCACUGGCGCCCGUUCCCCGCGCGGCCCACGGGGCUACCGGGCCGAACUGAGCAACAUCCUGCUACUGCUUUUCCUUUACGUGCUCCAGGGAAUCCCGCUGGGGCUAGCCGGCAGCAUCCCGCUCAUACUGCAGAGCAAAAACGUUAGCUACACCGACCAGGCUUUUUUCAGCCUCGUCUUCUGGCCCUUCAGCCUCAAGCUGCUCUGGGCUCCGCUCGUGGACGCUGUCUACUUCAAGAGCUUUGGCCGCCGCAAGUCGUGGCUGGUGCCCACGCAGUACAUCCUGGGGCUCUUCAUGAUCUACCUGUCCACGCAGGUGGACCAUAUGCUGGGUACCGCGGACGGUGGCAGUCCCGACGUUGUGGCACUCACCCUCACCUUCUUCUUGUUCGAAUUUCUCGCCGCCACGCAGGACAUUGCCGUGGACGGUUGGGCGCUGACAAUGCUUUCUCGGGAGAACGUGGGCUAUGCUUCCACCUGCAAUUCUGUGGGCCAAACAGCCGGCUACUUCUUGGGCAAUGUUCUGUUCUUGGCCCUCGAGUCUGCAGACUUCUGCAACAAGUAUCUGCGGUUUCAGCCGCAGCCCAGAGGGAUCGUUACACUUUCAGAUUUUCUAUUUUUCUGGGGGACCAUAUUUUUUAUAACAACAACAUUAAUUGCCCUUCUUAAAAAAGAAAACAAAGAAGUUACACCAUCAAAAGAAGAAACCAAAGGGAUCACUGACACAUACAAGCUGCUCUUUACAAUUAUAAAAAUGCCAGCAGUUAUGACUUUCUGCUUCAUGAUUUUAACUGCAAAAGUUGGCUUUUCCGCAGCAGAUGCAGUAACAGGACUGAAAUUGGUAGAAGAGGGAGUGCCCAAAGAGCACUUGGCACUGUUGGCAGUCCCGAUGGUUCCCUUACAGAUCAUACUGCCUCUGAUUAUCAGCAAGUAUACAGCAGGCCCACAGCCACUAAAUGUGUUUUAUAAAGCCAUGCCCUACAGAUUAUUACUUGGCUUGGAAUAUGCUUUGAUGGUUUGGUGGACUCCCAAAGUAGCGUAUCAAGGAGGAUUCCCACUCUAUUACUAUAUUAUAGUGCUGCUGAGUUACGCCUUACAUCAGAUCACAUUGUACAGCAUGUAUGUUUCCAUAAUGGCUUUUAAUGCCAAAGUUAGCGACCCACUUAUUGGAGGCACAUAUAUGACCCUUUUAAACACUGUGUCCAAUCUGGGAGGGAACUGGCCUUCGACCGUCGCUCUUUGGCUGGUGGAUCCUCUCACAGUGAAGGAGUGCGUGGGAGCAUCGAACCAGAAUUGUUGGACUCCUGAAGCAAUCGAACUUUGCAAAAAACUUGGUGGCUCUUGUGUUACUGCAUUGGAUGGCUAUUAUGUGGAAUCUAUUGUCUGUGUUAUUAUUGGAUUCGGUUGGUGGUUCUUUCUUGGUCCAAAAUUUAAAAAACUCCAGGAUGAAGGACCAUCAUCCUGGAAAUGCAGGAGGGAUAACUGAUGCAAUUCACUACAGAACAUACUAGGAAGGGGGGGAAAUACUUUUCAUUGUAAUGCAAAUGUUAUGAUAAUCAAUAUACAGGAGUAUAAAUACACUUUCAAAGAAGAAAAUUAUUCAUAUAAAAAUGCCAAAUGGUUGAAAAGCUGAGACCUCUUUAUGUAUAUGUGAUCUUUUUUCCCUUACUUUUUCAUUGUAAAAAAGUAUACUUAAAGGUCAGAAAAUUGGUUCUAAAAUAGCCUCUCUCUGCUUUUUCUUGAAUCCUAUUUUUGGGUUUUACUGACCAAGCCAUGUUUCAGACCAUAGGGCAGUAGCUUGUGUCUCCCAAGUAUUGUGGUUUGCCCGCUCAGCUGAGAUAGGAUUCAAGAUACUUUGCUUUUGGGGCAGAUGCAUUAAGUGGAACAGAAGUACAAUGUGCAAAUAGAAGUAGGGCCUUGUGAGAUGAACAGCUAGAAAUCUCAUUUUGGUUUUCAGAUACAGUGAUUAUACUUGGAAUUGGCUGAGAGGGGAAACUUAGACUACCAAGAUGUCAUUUUAACUGUCACUUUUCUGACCAUGACUAUGUUUUAAAGGGUGGAUCUUUGUGUUUAAAAACAAAAACAAAAAACACUUUUAAAUGUAUUUUCUGGCUUUUGUAAGCAUUUCAAGAUUUAUAAGAAUAUGAAACAAAAUAUUUUUUAUAAAAUGAAAGUUAAACUUUUUAAUUUAUUGGCUUCAUUUGGGGGAAAGGAAGCAUUCAGAAGCUUUGCUAAUUCUUAACACUAAAUAGGAAGGGGUGUGGGGCUUUGUUACCAGUGUCUCACAACAGACUUGUAGAGAGGGUCACAUUUUAGUUCCGUGUAUAUUUAAUGGCAUAAUUCAGAAAUAAAAAGAAAGCACAAUAUUAUUCAAGUAGUUUUCCUUUGUUCCUAGAAAAAAAUAAUAAAUCUUAGUGACAUUCCUUCUCUCCCUCCCCCUUUAAUUUUUAGUAAAACAGUUUUUUUAAACAUCUAAUCUGUUUCAAAGAAAAAGGUCAAAGACAGUGCCUUUGAUGAGAGCAAGUCAUGAUGCUAAUGGAAAGACCAAGUAAGAAAGCACUUUAUAAUGAGUGAGGAAAAACCUCACAAUUAAUUCUCUUAGGCCAAACAAGGUGUUUGUCACAUUAUUUCCACUUACUGUCACAGAAGCUUCUGUGGCUAACCAAUAUUUUCUGAGCAAGACUUGCUGUAUUACCCAAGUUAAGUGAAUUCAUCUUGAGUGCCUUAGUAAUUUCCAGCACAUGUAUGUGUAUAUCCACUGACAAGGCACUUUGCAUACCUUCUGUUUUAAAUCAUUAUGUCUCUUUAGAGAGAAGAUUAAUACCUUUAAAAGGUAAAGAUAGGAAAGAGAAUAUCUUCUGAUAUUUUUAUCCUUAUGAAAUUAAAUUUCAUAAAGUGCUCUUUCUGUUUCCCUAACCAUAUUUGGUUUUGUUUAGUGAGUUAAUUUUGGCUGAAAAAUGUUUACUAAUUUAUGAUCUUUUUAAUUUGGGGGGGCAGGGUUAUGAUUAUUCGAACAAGAACUGAGUGCUUUUUUUUUUAAGGCAGUCAGCAUAGGAAGGCUAUAUGAAAGAUGUCCUUUAAGCCUCUAGGAUUGCCAGUAUUUGGGGCCCACUACUGAUUUUGGGAGUGGAGACCACAUCCUGAAGAAUCACCGAGGAGACGUUCAUCCUAGAUAGAAAGAAGGUGGCAACAUCAAGUCCAGCAGAUAGACAGCCAGCUGUCAAAGUGCUUGCAGAUUGGGUCUUACUCCGCUGGUCCAGCAUUCUGUAUUUCAUUUAAAACAAUUUACUUGAAGAAAAAAAAAUAGCUUCUAAUGUGAAAUGUAUUUUUAUCUUUAGUAUUCUGAGUUGAAAAGCUUAAAGUUUGGAUAGUGACAUGAUUGUGUUGUUUUCCUGUUCCACUGGAAGGACAAUACAAAGUAUAUGAAUUAUAUGGAUUCUAACUUUAAGCUUUAAAUAUGUACAUUUAAAGAGUUUGGGCAUUCAAAAAACAUUUUUUAAGGUAAGACAACAGUAAAAAAUCAUUUAUUGCAACUAGAAAAAUUUACAAUACUCGGUCACUUUAAAGAAAUCCAUGUAAUAAUUAAUGUCUAGUCAUGAAUUAGGUAUUUAGUAUAAAUGAUUAUAAUGUGCCAAGGUGACUUGUUAAUAAAACUUCAUAUUUGAAGUAUCAGCCAAGAUGUUUUCAGAGAUUAUAAUCACCAGUGGCAUCUUCUUCAAAAGGAACUCGCCUAUAUAAAAGAAGCCAAUGUAAUCUUAAAUCCCUAAGAACAGCAUCUUCUGUCUUGUGAUUCUGUCACACUUGACCAAUCUGUUAAAAUAAACUUUCAAGGGG